AUGGGUCAAAGGUCAUCAAACACCUGUACCCCAGAAUGGCAACGUUUGUGUAGGUUGGAGAAUAAAAAGUGUCAUGUGGACGACGAGGAUGUGCCACAGUGCGGAUCUUGCAUAGAAGAUCACCAUCCGAUCAAUGGCACCUGUCAACCGGUGCAGAACGGUGGAAAUUGUGCUGAUCCGGCAAAGAACAACUGCGAUGUGAACGCUGAGUGCAUUGACGUCCACCCUGGACAUCACUUCUGUACCUGCAAAGUUGGCUACAUCGGUGACGGAAUGCGAUGUGACGGUAGGUGA